UCUGUAUAUUUAGCCAUGGUACAAUCCAUAGACCUAUUAACCUAAUAUAGGUUCAAACCAAAGAGUAAGAUUAGUCUACAAUUAUAUAUAUUCUAUACAAACAUCAUGAGAUAACCAAUAAUCUAAGACCGUGAUCAUGAUAAUCUAAUCGGAACUUAUGCCUGAUAAUUGAUAAAUAAAAAUAUAAACAUUAAACAUUCAAAUAUUAAUUUAAACACGUUUUUCAAACUGAUUUUAAUCUUUCUUCUACGAUAACUAUAAAAACAAAAAAUGAAUAAAAGACCGAAAAAAGUGGAAAAUAUGAAACCAAUUUUGAUCAACCAAGGAAUAGGAUUUGAAUGGAACAUAACACCUAAUUAUUUCAAUAAGAACAACAGUGAUUCUGAUGAAUCUGAUAGAGUAAGGAAUACCAAAUUAAUUUUACCAUUAAUGUCAGGAAACAAUAAUCAAAGUUGAGAAAAAUGAAUUCUAUUAGUUUCACAAUUUGUUUGUAUUUAUAAUACUUUAAUUAUAUUGAAUAUUAUUAUUUUUUUUUAAACUUAUUAUUGAAAAAUAAAUACAACUGCUAAUAAUUUGUUAACUGUGUUUUAUACUAGUAUUUUCAACAUUAAUUGCUGCAUAAUUAUGGAAAAUAAGACAUGAUUGUUUUAAGUUGUUAGUCAUUAAAGGUAUAUAGUACUGUAGGGUAGAGGAAUUCACUUUUUAAUUGAACCAUUAUUUGUAGGAGAGUAUCAGAUUACUCUCACUGAGGUUGUCUUAGGUCGGUAGUCAAUGUACAAUUCUGUCAAACAAUAUGUAGAGUUCUAAAUGAGAUUAAAGUGGAUUGUCUCAUCUUGGACAACAGGUGAGAGGAGGUACCAUGCUGCAUGAUGUUAGUAAAUAAUAACUUUAAUAGCAGAAAAUCUGGAAUAAGUUAACAAUAGGCUUGGAGAAUGCAAAGUAGUACUUGAAGAAAAAAGACUUAAGAUAAGUAUGAGUUUAGAUGAAUAGUACAUCUUGUAAUAACAAUAAGUGAUAAUAGGUAAGGUUGAGAGUUUAAAGUGCCUAGGAUUUUUUUGAAUAUAAGAAUAGUGGCUUUUAUAAGACUGUAAAACAUACAAUUAAAUGUGGUUUUUUCUGACUAGAGAAGUUCAAUGAUACUUUAAGUUAUGUUCUACAAAAGUAUGGCGAAACUGAUAUGUUGAAUAAUUUGAAGUAGGUCUUAGGUAAGUAGACAAAAAAAUAGAACAGAGAUUGAGUGUAGUAGGGAUGAGAAUGCUUAGGAGGAUAAUUGAAGAUGGAAGAAGAUUGGAAUGAGUACAUGAAAAGUAACUUAGGUGUGAUUUCAAUAGUAAAUAAAUUGAGAGAAAAUAGAGUGAGAUAGUUUGGGCAUAUUACUGGGAGAGAGGAAUCUGAAUUAGUAAAUAUUGAAAUGAAAAUAAAUGUAGGAGAGUAUACUGAAAAAGAGGUGAUUGGAUGCGAUUGAAAAAGAUAUGAAAACAGCCAGUAAAUGAAAGGUGGAAGAUCUGGUCAAGUGGAAGUUUAGAAUAAAGGUAGUUGAUCCUAAAUUGUUGGAAUGAAGGCGAAGAAGAAGAUGCCAUUAAAAGGACUCUCCUAAAAAAAGACUGAUUUAGCAAUUGGAGAAAUCUCUUUUUUGUUUAUCAAUAUUGAUAUUGAUAUUUAUACUCAGUGAAAUUUAGGCCGAGACUGAUUAAACCAGUCUUAUGUAAGCAAUAUCAUGUAUUUUUUGUUUUAUUAAAUUCAUAAAAACCUUUUUAUACCUUUAAAUCAGAAAAAUAUAAGAAGUACAAAUUAUUUUUCAUCGACCACUACACUAAUGUCUAAGUAUGUAGUAUUACGAAACUGUAAUUGUAUUUAAACACAAUGUAAUUUAAAUAAUUUAAUUUUCAUUAAUUUUAAAAUUUAGCAAAACCAAAGUUCAUCUUGAUUUAUCCUUUUAUUUAUAUUAAUAUAUUUAAGUUUUGUAUUUAUCUGAUUUUAGGAACAAAGUGUUGAACCUAAUAAAAAAAAAGUUAGGAAAAUUAAUACAAUUCAACGACAAGAAAAACAAAAACAAGAAGAAUUAAGACUUCGAAAACUUGAAGAAGAAUUAAUCAAAAUUGAAACAAAUCCACAGAAUGCUGAUCAUUUUGACCGCUUAGUGUUAUCUAAUCCUAAUAGCUCAUUUAUUUGGAUUAAAUAUAUGGCUUGUCAUUUACAAGUAAGACACAUAUUUUUAUUUUAAAUAACUGUUAACAUUAUAAACAAAAAUAAUUAUUUUUGAUUGCCUAUAUAAAUUUAAAUUAUCUCUAUGUAGUGUGUAAAUGAUAACUAAGAAUACUCAAUAUCUUUGUGCUGAUUCACGCAAUUUAAAUUUUGUUUUUUUUUUUCUUAGUUUGUUAUUAUACUUAGUAAUACAUAUUUUUAUGGGCUCUGAUUUUUUUUUUUUUACUGUUAAUUAGAUAUGUGCAUGUUUCAACACUAUUUUUUUUUUUCUUUAACGGAAAAACCUUAUUUUUGACUAUUAAUUUUUUCAUGAAUUGUAUUUAUUAAACUAUUUUUUUAAGUUCAAAAUUAGCUGAGAUACGGUAAUUUAAAUUUAUUUGAUAUUCAAUAUGUAUGAUGUUAGUAUUUCAUAUUAUUUUUCAUAAUGUUUAAUAAAAUUAUAAUAGGAUUGUAAUUAACUUGGAUUUCAUUAUUCUCUACAAUAAUUGUAUUUUAAUUACUGUAUCUUACAUAAUUUUGAACAUAGAAAGUCGAUUAAACCGCCUUAAUUCACAAAAAAAUUUGGACAAAAAUAAUUAGUGAUCAAUAAAGUAGUUCUUGCGUUAAGAAAAAAAAUUUGUGUUGAUCAUACAUAUGUAUAAUUAACAGUAAAAAAUCAGAGACCAUAAAAAUGUGUACUACAAAGUAUCACAAACAACUACAAAGAAAAUUAUUGGUAAAACAACGACGUGCCUCGACUUAACUGAUUUUAUUACUUUUAAUUUUUGCAAACUAUUUUCCAUCAGAUAUAUUGCUCCAAACAAAAAAUGACAAGAAAUCGAUUUUGUUCCUUUUAGUGUCUAACCAUUUUAAAAGAAAGUCUUUUUGAUAUCUGAAGUAAUUUUCAUAAUAAUUGGAUAGCACCAAAAUAAAAAAUGUCUGAGGCAGAUGGUAGCCACUAUUUAAGGUAAUUUAAUGUAUAUUUGUAAGUAACGAUUAACUAUUGCUAAUGAAAAAAGAAAACGAUUCUGAGUAGAGUUCGGUUGAUAGUGUUUCUUUGUCAAUAUAUGUCACAUUAUGGUAAAAUAAUCGCAUAUGCAUUAUAUAUUUACUUUAAUAAUAUUUGUUUAAUAUUGUACCUAUUUUCCUGUUUUUCCCAUUUAUUGGAAAACUGAGAAAAUUAACUAAGUAUCUCCACAACCAGAUUUCCUUUUAGAAAAAGUGUUAUUAUUGUAAUUAUUUUAUGAAGAAAAAAAUUGAUAAUAGACAAAUUAUCCACAAAAAAAAAUUAAUAAAAAAAAUCAUUGUAAAACUAAUACUCAUCCACUCAGAAUCUAAAAAACGAAAAAUACAAUUUUUUUGAAAUAAUAGCUCAAUGAUUUCAUUAUUUAAAAUUAUAUUUUACUACCAAAUUUGUCUUUAUCCAAAUUUCAAGAAUACCAUAUUUUGAAAAUUAAUUAAAUUAAUCAAAUAAUUAAAAAACCGGGAAAUAUGGCUAAGUGUCCGGCAUUUGGUAUUUUUGUUAAAAACUAUUGUAGACACCUGUAGUUUUAACAAAAUACUUAAGGUAUUGAAAUUUUGAUGAUUUUUAAAUAUAUUUGUAUUGUAUAGGUAUCUGUUAUUAAAACUAUUUGACUUAAGGGAAAUGCUUGAACAUUUAACACGAGGCACAUUAUAAGUUGUACUCAGUGAUCUAAAAACGAAUUUGAGUUUAAAGUGUUAAUUUUUUUCAUUUGUGCUUUAAGAUCAAAUUUUGAUGAAGAUCAUACAAAUUAUGUAAUUUAAAAAUAAAUCUUACUAAAUUUCACUUAGAAUUGUUUUUUUGUUAGCAAUGGUUUAACUUUGUGUACAAAUAUAAAUUAAAUAACUUUAUGUAUCCCACAUUCCCAACUUCCCACCUAUAACAAUGGCUCUUUUUUUUAUAUUCAGAGCAUAUCAAGGAAUGUAUUGGCUUUUCAAUCAUGUUUAUUUUAUUUUUAUUUUAUCUAUAAACAACUUUUUUUUUAUAGAAAUCUUGCUCCAAUGUUUAGAGUAUUAUAUCUUUUUUGAAAGGAAAUUUUUUUUAGAUAGUGCAUUAGGGAGGUUAUUUCUUGAUAUUCCAAGCGGUUUUUAUAACAAUUAAAAAAACGGGAAUAUGUAUAAAAAUAUUAUUUUCAAUUUUGUUUUUUGGUGUGAUUCAGUUAAAAAUAUUCAUAGAGAUUUAAAAUUUAGAUAAAAUACUUAUAAUUUACCUUUUCUAGGCAUAGUACAAUAUUCAAAACAUUUGAAAUAUUCAUAGAUAUUUUAAUUUUGUGAGUUUUGUACAUAAUUUUUAUUUAGUUUUACCUUAUGGAUAAAAUUAUUAGACAGAAAUGUAUAUAAAUUUAACAGGAGGUUCAUAAUAAACUGUACUUUGUGGUCAGAAAAAAAACAUUUAUUGUAAAGUAGAAUUUUUUUCAUAAGAAUUUUAAUAUUAAAUUUUGGUGAAAAUAUUUUUUCGUUUAAAACAUGUACAAUUGAACUCUGCUCAUAAUUAUUAUUUGUUAGCAGUGUUUAAUUUUUGCUUACAGAUAUAUAUCUCUAUAUUCUAUCUUUCCAACUUCUCACCUACUAUAAUAUUGUACAACAGCUAGUGACCCACCCAUCGUGAGAAAUAUGUCGCCCUUUUUUUUUAUUUUUUAUUCUAAAUCAUCAAAUUCAGGAGUAGAUUUUUGUAUUCAAUUUUGACUAUUUGGUACAUGAAGUCCAUAUGUUUAUUUUAGUAUAUUCUUCUUUGAAACAGACCAUAUAUAAGCUUAUAUAAUUCAUCAUAUCAUAAUUUUUUUUUUAUAGGCUACUGAAGUAGACAAAGCAAGAGCAGUAGCAAAGAAAGCAUUGUCAACAAUUGAUACAAAAGAAGAACAAGAAAAAUUAAAUAUUUGGAUUGCUCUUUUGAAUUUAGAGAAUUUAUAUGGAACAAAAGUAAGUUAAAUAAAAUGUUUAUUAAUAUUCAAUUAUACAAAUACCUUUACAUUAAAUUAAAAACAAGUAGGUAAAAUCAACACAGUAUUUUGAUUAAUUAAUUAAUUUUAUUUUUAAAAAUGUAAAAAAAGUUUUAUUUAUAUAUUUAUUUACUUUAUUGAUAAUAUUAUUAUUUCAAUGCGAUUAAUUAAGUUUUUCAGUAUUUUCACUUAUUUGUAAGUUGACUAUUGACUAAUACUAAUAAUUUAUAACAAAUCAAAAUAUUUGUAUACUUAUUAUAUUGUUUUUAAAGAAGUGAAUUAUUUUAGUUAGUAUUUAUUUUUUUUUUUAAUGGCUUCAUCAUCACAUAUCAUGCCACAUUCACAUGAUAGAAUAUAUUUAAAUAAAAAUAUGACCUAUCUACCGAAAUAUCUGCAGUAUGUUACAUUUAUUGAUCAAGCUUUGUACGUACUAUUUUAUUAUUUAAGAAUUUUAAGAAAAAAAAAAUAAAAGAUUUAUUUGAUAUUUUUCACUUAAUUGCAUUAAACAUAAUAUCAUUCAAAAGAGUUAGAUAAUUUUUGUUAAUGAAUAUUAUUUAAUUAAAUAUUUAAUUAUUAUUAAUAUGUAGCAGAAUAUUAUUCUAUUUCAAUAUUUAAAAGUAUACUUAUAUUGUAUAUUUUUUGGUGAAAUAUAAUUUAAUUUUGCUUUUUUUGUUGUUAGAUCUCUGAUUCAGAUGUAACAAAUUUGUUUGCUAUGUACAAUAUAUUUUAAAUUAUUCAAAAAACAUAAGUCUACCGAGUUUGGUAAUUUUCAACCCUCUUGGUAGAGAAAUUUAAAUAACCACAAACAAUUUUUUUUUUCGUAGUAAAUAAUAGACUUAAGAGAAAUAUUAUAAAAACAAUAUUUAGAUUUUUAAUUAAGAUUCUAUGCAUUUUAAACUAAGUAUAUUGUAAAUUAAUUUAAAAAAAAAAAUUUUAGUGUAUUCUAUUUCUCAAUUUUCAACCUUCUUACUGUACAGUGAGAGAGUGAAUAGUCAUCACUAAAUUUAACCCAAAUUAGUUUCUCAUGGUAAAAAAAAAAUAUGAAAUGGUGAGAAGUCAAAAAAUUAUAAGUUUACAUAUAAAAUCCACCCUAAUUUGUGUAACUGUGUUUAAAUAAUUUAUAAUUUAUAAACAUCAAUAUCCAAAUACCUACUCAACAUCCAUAUUAUAUCCCUAGUCUUUUCUACUGUGGUGUAAGUUAAGGAUGUGAAGUGUCAUUCAUCAAUAUAUUACAGCAUACAUUUUUAAACAUUGUUGACUGUUAAACGUAAUUGUUUGUCUACAGUAUAUUUUGUUCAUUAGUUACCGAUAACCAUUCAUAGUAUAAAACCUGACGUUAAGACUGAAAAUGGAACAAUUGAAAUAGAACCUACAUUGGCUGCAUCUAUAACUGAAACCAUAGAAUCCACAGUUAACAUUGAUGAAUCAGGAAUUUCUGUACCACACAUUGAUGAGAAAAUUGUCUAGCAGCUUGAAUAUUAUUUCAAUACUCUAAUAUUUUGUUUAUUAUAAGUUUUUGCUAAACAAAUUAAAGCUGAUAACGGUUGUGUAAAAAUCAGUAUAUUAUUGACUUUCAAAAGACUAGCGGCUAUUGCAAAUGGCAAAACGGUUAUUGCUCCUGUGGUUAAAAAUGCUCCUAAUAGUUUAUUAGAAGCUGAUGAAAGAAAUUAAAAAAUCAGACGUAAACCUAAUCAAGUUGUAUUAGUUGCUGGAUCAAGAAUUCUUGAAAGGUCUAUUUAUUGUAAAGGCAUUCCUAAAACUACCACUAUGGCCGAGCUUUUGGAAUUUUUAAUACAUUUGGUAAGAAAAACAUUACGAAAGUCACAGUCGCUUCUCGAAGACUCAAAACCAAAGAGUUCAAAUGUUCUCUUUAUUUUACUAAUGAGCAGGCUGAAAUGUUUUUGAAACAGGAAUCUGUUAAAUAUAAUGCUUUUCUAUUGGAACACAAAUAGGAAAAAGAUUUUCUUGAAGAAAAAAAAAUAUUAAGAGAUAGUAGUAAAAAAAGAUGAAAAAAUAAAAGCUUAAACAAAGAAAUAUUUUAAAAAAAGUUAUCUACUCAAAGUAGAUAAUGUUGAUGAAUCUGUUACUGUCGACAGAACUAAAGAAAUUUGUAAUUUGUAUUAGUGGGAAAUAGGUUUUGUGAAAAUUGUUCAUGACAAAACCAUGGUGUGGAUUCAAUUUAAGCCUAUCAAAACUGCUAAGGAACUAUUGGAAGAAAUUGGUAAUAAGGAAUAUGAUCUGAAAAUACAAUUUUCAAUACACAAAGAAGAAAUUGAACAACUGUAUUCAAUGAAAUGACUAAAGAAAUGAAAGGCGUACUUAUGAAAAAUUAUUAUCUAUCAUCAACUAUCAUGAAUGGCAAAAUGAAAAGGGAAAAAAAAGAACAAAAGAUAUAACAAACAAAAAAAUAAUGAUGGAUAUUCUAAUAAUAAACAGAUUAAAACAAAUGACUAGUAACUUGUUUAAUUGUAUUUUAAUACAAUCUAUAUUUAAAUUUACUAUAUUAUUUAAACAUAUCAAAUUAAGAUUAAAAGACUAUAUACAGAUGUAAUACACAUAAUAUACGGAUGUUAUAAUUUGUUAUUUCUUUAUGACUAUCUAAUUCAAUACAAUAAAUUAAACACAAAGUAAGUAUUUAGUAAACAUUUAAUUUUUAAUUUCUAGGAAUCAUUUAAACAAACAAUGGAUGAAGCAUUACGUUCAAAUGAUGAAUAUCAGAUUUAUAUAAAAAUAUUGGAUAUAUUUGCAGAAUCUAAUAAGUUGAAAGUAUAACUUUUACUACUAUUUUUACCCUAUUUGAUAUAUGUAUAAUUAUUGUUUUAAUUAGGAAUUGGAAGAACUAGUAACAAAAGUAAAUAAAAAAUUCCGUGAUUCAAUGGAUGCUUAUUUACAUUGUGCUACAGUUUACUUCAAACUAAAUAAAUGUGGAAAAGCAAGAUUUAUUUUGCAAAAAGCUUUAUCAAGCCUCCCAGCCAAAUCACGUUAGUUAAAAUUAAAUGUAUCUACUUUUAAAUAUAUCUAUAAAUGUGUGUAAAAAGUGUAGUUAACAUUAUUAAAAAGGUAAAACUAUAUUUAAAAUUAAAAAUUACAAUAUAAUAUUAUGUUUUAUCUGAACAUUUGUUCUACUCUAAUUAGAAUUCGUUUAUAAUUAGAAAAUCUCGUAUUUUUUUAAUAAUAAAUAUGAUACAAUUUCAACAAUUUAAAAACUAUCAUUUCUAAAAAAAAUAACAUUUCAAAUACAAUUAAAUAAUUGAUUGUGUAUUUAUUUAAAAUUUGUAUUAAAUAUGUCAGUACAAAACUCUAAUUCUCUUAGAUCAAAAGAUUAGAUUUAUACCUGCUACUUACAGUAUUUUAAUAUGUUUAUCAAUUGUUUGUAAUAUACAAAAUAUAUACUUCUGAAUCAACAGGGAAUACUCAUUUGUAUUUUAAAAUACUGUCAUUGAAUAUUAGAAAGAAUAACUUAUUUAGUUACAUAAUGUUUAAUUUAAUUUUACUUAUAUUAUUAUUAGAUGUAACAAUGAUUAGUCGUUUUGCAUUAAUUGAAAAUAAUGAUGGAUCAGCAGAAGAGGCACAAACAUUGUUUGAACAAGUACUCACAUCAUAUCCAUCACGUAUUGAUGUAUGGAGCAUAUAUGUAGAUAUGUUGAUUAAGUCCAACAGAAUAGAUUUGGCUAGGUAAAAAUUAAUUUACCUUAAAUACCUUAAUUUUUUUCACACUAAUUGAAUUGAAAUUACAACUUUUAUAUAAUUUAAAGUGUAUAUAGACAAAUAAUUAUUAAUUUUAGACAUGCAUUAGAAAGAGCAACAAUUCAAAAGCUUGCACCAAAAAAGAUGAAAAGUUUAUUUAAUAAAUGGAUGAUGCUAGAAGAGAAACAUGGAACUGCUGAUUCUGUGGAUAACGUUAAAGAAUCCAUGAAUAAUUAUGUAGCUUUAGUUUUGAACAAUAAAAAAAAUUAACAAUUUUGUA